CAGAGCGUCCUCGGACGUUCCCGAGGCAUGGCUCUGCUCACCGCCUGGGUGUGCGUCGCCGUCAGCCUGGGGCCGGCGCUGGGGGACCAGGGCGGCGAGGGGGACCUCUUCUUGGAAAACGUCACUCGGAUCCUCGACAAGCUGUUGGACGGCUACGACAACAGGCUCCGGCCGGGCUUUGGAGGCGCCGUGACAGAAGUCAAAACGGACAUCUAUGUGACCAGCUUUGGGCCGGUGUCCGACGUCGAGAUGGAAUACACCAUGGAUGUCUUCUUCCGGCAAACUUGGACUGAUGAGAGGUUGAAGUUUAGUGGGCCAACUGAAAUUUUAAGCUUGAACAAUUUAAUGGUCAGUAAAAUUUGGACACCAGACACAUUUUUUAGAAAUGGAAAAAAAUCAAUUGCUCAUAAUAUGACAACUCCUAACAAACUUUUCAGAAUUAUGCAGAAUGGAACUAUUCUUUACACAAUGAGACUAACCAUUAAUGCUGAUUGCCCUAUGCGGUUGGUGAACUUCCCUAUGGAUGGGCAUGCUUGUCCAUUGAAGUUUGGAAGCUAUUCUUAUCCAAAAAGUGAAAUAAUUUAUACGUGGAAAAAAGGACCCCUGCAUUCAGUAGAAGUUCCACAAGAGUCUUCCAGUCUCCUCCAGUAUGACCUCAUAGGACAAACUGUAUCUAGUGAAACAAUUAAAUCUAACACAGGUGAAUACGUAAUCAUGACAGUUUAUUUCCACUUGCAAAGGAAGAUGGGCUACUUCAUGAUACAGAUAUAUACUCCAUGCAUUAUGACAGUCAUUCUUUCCCAGGUGUCUUUCUGGAUUAACAAGGAGUCUGUUCCAGCCAGAACAGUUUUUGGAAUCACUACAGUUCUAACAAUGACCACUUUAAGCAUCAGCGCACGCCAUUCUUUGCCCAAGGUGUCCUAUGCUACCGCCAUGGAUUGGUUCAUAGCUGUGUGCUUUGCCUUUGUCUUCUCUGCACUCAUUGAAUUUGCAGCUGUCAACUACUUUACCAAUCUCCAGGCUCAGAGAGCAAUGAGGAAGGCAGCCAGGGCAGCAGCCCUGGCAGCAGCACUAUCAGCAGCAACUGUAACGGCAGAGGAUAAGAUUGUCUCGCGUUCUGACUCCAAUUGUAACCUGAAGAAGCGAGUAAACUCGGUAACAUCUCAGGCACCUCAGUCUCCUGAAGUCAGCAUGACAGCUAAUAGUGCAUCCCAGUGUCAACCAGUGUCUGUUCCUCCACCAGCCCCACCACCGCCACCACCACCACCACCACCUAUCGGAGGUACAAGUAAAAUAGACCAGUAUUCUAGGAUCCUCUUUCCAGUGGCAUUUGCGGGAUUCAACCUGGUCUACUGGGUCGUUUAUCUUUCAAAAGACACUAUGGAAUUUUUUGAACCUACUGCAAUGCAUCUUCGAAAUGACUACCUGCCCAACUGAAGAGAACAGCUCAAGGUCUCAAGAAAUCACUGCAGGUCGGGUAGCACUGAAGGGACUUCAAAGGAUUUGUCUAUCCACAGGUGCUCUGUUUUCAAACAGGGAAUAUUUAUAUUGAACAUCACCUGGAAGAAAUCUCUGAACAAAUAAAAAAGAAACUUUGCAGGGUUCUAACAAUAUUUUUGUGAUUUUUCUUACCUUUAUUUGACUAUGUAAGUUCUUGUUAAAUUAUUUUGUUGAAUUAUCAAAGACAGGAUUGUACAUUUGCUCUAAUUCUGUUAUAAACAACUGAAUGUUUUCAUGAUAUAUCAAUAACAGGAAUAUUUUUAGCAAAUACUUUUAAGGAUUGGUAUAAUAAGCCUGAUUCUGAACUGAUACAACUUUGCGUGGUUUCCCUGAAAGGUGAGGAGCUGCACUGAUGUGGAGCACUUGAAACUGACCCAAACUAAUGUUAAAAAAAUCCCAUGAGAGGCAGCUGCAAUCCCAUCAUGUUUUCAUAACCCUUUUAUAGAAAAGAUGAACAAUGAACUUUGAUUUUCUUGAAGUUCAUUUUCAUCUCCUUAAAUGUGAGAUAAUAUUUAUAAAGAACAAGACAGAAGAAAAAAAGAAAAUUGAAGCUAUUGUUUAUAUGCUUUAGCUGGUUAGUUAUGAUACUGUAACUUUUUUUUAAAUGAGAAUGAAAUACAACUAAACUAAUAACAAGGAAUUUCUGGGCAGGAUCUAGAAAUGCAGGACUGAGAUGUCAGGGAGUUUGCAGGCUCCAAAGCUGAAUAGACAGAAAGAUGCAGUUAACCAUCAACCUAACUGCAGGCCUCCAGCUCCAGUGAGCUUCCUGGAAGCAAGUCUUGAUAGCUAGUUAGGGAAAAUUCUGCACUUCAUCAGCUGAUUCUACUGAACUAGCAAAUUGCCUAGAACUUUUUCCAGAUGCAAACUCCUGUCAGCAUAUUCAGAGUUUAAAGAUAAUAUUUUAAUUUAUUUGUCACUCUCAACACAAACAGAUGCAGGAUUUCUUUCUCAUAUCUCAUAGUUAUCUAUUAUUUUAUUGCAUAGUCACUCUUUAUCUCCAAAAUCCUUAAAAAUGUAAUUAGUAAAGAGAUACCUAAUCACAUCAAACCCAAGACAAAUUUUUUGCAGGUGUAAUAGAUACUGGUGGGAGUCCAAAGCACACAAAAGUCAUACAUGCAGCCAAAUAAUUAAGGACUUCUUGCUUGAAAUGUAUUUUAGUACAUUAAAAUUCAAUUGUUUAUAACAGAAACAUGAAAAGAUGCAUUGAUUCAGGAAAUUCAGUGUCUUUUGCUUUGUCUAAACAUUCACUGUGAUAAAAUAUUUAGGAGCUGACUACUUGACUCUGCUAAGUUGUCAACUGCAUUCUUGGCACUAUCACAGUUUAACUGUCUGGUAACCAGCUCAACCAGCUGUUUUCCUCCUCCCAUUUCAAGAGGAGUCUGUUGCUUUUAUUAGUGUAGUAGCUGUCCUCAGCAUGUGAGAUCACUUUUUGUACUCCCUCUUCUUUCACUCUGGAGAGCUUGGAUGAGGACAAUUUAAGUAGACUUGAGUCAAUAAUAACUAUUGUUUGCACAGAGAUGUCAUGGUUGCAGUUUGCUUUUCCCAACUGGCUGCAGGCUGGCACACUUGGAUGUAUUUGUAAGUGCACUGAAUUCUUUCUUCCUUUUGCUUCGAAGCUAAAAUUGUGACAAUUUUUCCCAUUUUGAGCCUUUAUGCACUAUUUUUUUAAAAAAUAAUGUGGACACUGGGUAUUUUAUAACUUGUAAUUACAUCUUACUUUGCAAAAAGCAAGUUCUGCUGUAGGGACCUACCUGCUGUAGGUUUUUUUAGUACAGAAGUCUCAUUAUUGCUUCACUGAAUAAUUUUCUAUUUUGAGUACAUUAAUAUCUAGAAGAGUUUUCAGAGUACUUUAAAAUUGGUUUAUGCACAAAAUAAAAAUGUUUAAAGGCUAUGGAAAAACAAGUUACACUAAAGAAGCUAAAUUUUGUGUGUGAUCCUUGUUUAAAAGAACUCUAAAUAUGAAUUUUACAGCAGAUGCAGAGACUGUCUAAAUAGUCACUAUUUCCUUGGAGCUUAGUAUUUCAAGGUAAAAAAAAGUGAUAACCUGCUGAUUAUGAAGCUAUAUCAGCACCUUAGAAAUGUACCAGCAGGUCUUGGUGUUCAACAACAGAUUUCAACAUGACCACAAAGACUGCUUAUCUUUUUUAAAGAAGAUUCCCACAUGGAAAAGAUCAAGAAGGGUUUGUUCCCCACAUCUGUUUGAAUGACAUAAGGGGAAGAUUUAUUUUUCCUAUUACAUGCUUUGUACAGACAUGGCUGUAUUCAAUAUUGAUGUUAAUAAUGGUAAAUUAUAUCUUAGAAUGAAUGUAUUUACAAUUAAUGGACAGUUUUUAACAAUCCUGGUUAUGGCUGAGCACUAACCAAUCAAGCAAUACUGUUAAAAGAGCAGAUAAAGAGAAAAGUUUUACAUAUAUAUAUCUGUAUCUAUGCAUAUAUACAUAUUUCUGUAAAAAAACAAAGAAUGUAUUUUUCUCUUUUUAAUGCAAACGGAAAUUAAGGGGUAUGGGUUUCUUCCAGUAUUUUGGAUUGUAUUGCAAUAGGAAGAACAGGAGAUAAGGUUGCUGUAAGGUGGGAAUUUCUAUCUGCAAAACAGGACACUGCAGGGGAAAUGAUGGGCAGUUCCCUUCAGCUAUCACAUUCUGCCAAUACCUUAUUCAACACUGAUCAAACUGGUUUUCCCACAAACCCCUCAAAGGGACAGGAUGCAUCUUAAAUUCAUCUUCAGCAUGUUCUGCUUGAUCAGAAGUGCAAGAAAUAGAAGAACUAAGAACACAAAUGCAGAAUUAUACCUGAUUACAGCAGAAGCUUCAAUUACAUGUUAGUCUUUAUUACUAUUGAUCUGGGUUCCCCCCAUUAUUUUUUGUAGUUUCUAAACCAAAUAAAAAUCCAGCAGUUUUAAGAUACAAAAACUAGGCAACAGCAUGGUAGAUCAGUCCUGAGAUCAUCCACUACUGUGUUCAAAGGACAGUCCUCUCCAGAAGCUAAAGCAAGAGUUGGAUAAACUCUAGAAAUGUGAAGCUGAAAGUCCUCAGCACUCUUGGUGUAGCCUAGUGUCCAAUAUUCUGGUAUUUUGAUGCAUUCUGUCAUGUUACUAACUAAAUGCUUCUCUCUUAUACAUAUGCAAACAAAAUUCAGAGGUGACUUUGUCAUUGCUUAGUUCAUGAUGUUCUUGUUUCUAUUCCAGUUCAUGACAAGAAGAGCAUUCCUGAUCUGCCUUUAUAGAAGUCAUUCUUGCAGGAUUUUCCUCUAAUCAGUAAGCAAGCAAAGCCUUUCAGCUCUGUGUAAAUGCUGCCCAUUGCCAGGCUCUGUGGAGAAACCUGUGAAGAAAAAAAAAAAAUAAAUCCUUAUGCACAGGCAGAAUGGGUUGAGGCUUGGGGAGUAGAAUGUUCUUUUCUGCAUCACUACUUCAACAUCAUCAUCACUCAGCCAUGGCUGGAGUGGUGCUUGUGUACAAAGAGUAAAGAUCCAUUCAUUUUCAGACAGCAGUUUGAUGCAAGUGAUAGAGACCCGAGUGUCCACACAGUACGUUGGAAGUAGAAGUCAGUGAGAAAGCACAGCUGAGCCUCAGCCUUGCUUUCUGAGAGGCAAGUCCUGGCAUAGGGUCUUUGAGCGAGAGAAACAAGGGAAUCCAAAGAAAACCAAAGCAUUCACACAAUUGUAAAGUAGGAAACAGAAUUCUCUACAUCUUGAGUCCUUUUAAAAACAAACAAAAAACCAAAAGCAAACCCACCCUAUUCUAAAUCCUGCCCAAAGCCAAAACCAAUGUGGUUUUCCAAACACCAAUAAGGAAAAUAAGCCAAGCUCCUGUAUGUAAUGUGGUUACACAAAAGUAAGACAACACAAUUGGGUUUUCAUCAAAAAGGUCAUUAGUUCAGGAACACAUGGUCUGGCCUCAAUUAUAAUUAGACUAUUUUUAACUCCAUAAAUAAGAGUAAUUAUGAAAGUUUGAAGGUACUAAAUUCUAUAUGUGCCUUAAUGAGCACUUCUUUAGGCCACAUUUUGUUACAUAUUCAGGCACUACUGCAAAGGUUUUUCUUCUCACAUCUGCUUUGCUUAUAAUAAUGUUUCCCUAGGGCAGAUAGAAAUAUUUUGUCAUUUAAAACAAAGUAAAACUAACAACCUAAAACUGGAAUACUUAUGUCUGCUAUUCCUGUAAGUUAAAGAAGCUUCAUUACUGUAACAGAAUGCCAGCUUUGCUUUGGUGAAGGCUGUACAGUGUGCUGAUGUAAACUACAUGGAGACGUGGUGUUAUCAAAAGAGAUGUUAUGACAUUUAAAGGGGGGUUCUCAGUAAAGAAAUCACAGGUUCUAUGUGCAUGUGAAAAAAAAAAUUGUUGUAAGAAAACAAAAAAUUAAAGCUCAAACUGUGUUCUUUA